AUGGCCUGUAUAUCUCUAUCACUCCACAGAGAUCAAGUUUGUUGUGCUUGCAGCUACAAGGAAAAAAAGUUGAAUAGAUUUAUUAAACCCGAUUAUCUUAAUGAAUAUAACGAUGGAAAAGAUUAUACACCAUCAUACAAUAUAGCACCGACAGAUAUUACUCCCAUUUUAAUAUCGGCGAGUAAAUUCAAGAAUGCUGCCCAAACAAGUAGAAUCAUUAAACCUAUGAUGUGGGGAAUAAUACCACCUUGGCAUAAGGGUGACUACAAAAAACACAAUUUAAGCACAAAUAAUUGUCGCAUAGAGAAUAUAAAAAGUUCUAAGCUAUAUAAUCCGAUAUUCCGUGAUGGUGGUAGAUGUAUAAUUUUAGUAGAAGGAUUUUAUGAAUGGCAAACUUCUGAGAAGACUAAAAAUAAACAACCAUACUAUAUUUAUAUGAAACAACAUCCCAAUUUAAAGGUGACUGACCAAACAACUUGGUCCAACAAGUUCAAUGAAAAUGAAGGUUGGACAGGAAUUAAACUUAUGCACAUAGCUGGUCUAUAUCAUGUUUGGAGAGAUGAAAAUGUGAUCAUAUAUUCUUAUUCAGUAAUCACAAUGGAAUCUAAUGAAACUCUCAGUUGGCUACAUCAUAGAAUGCCAGCCAUUUUAAACAAUGAAAUUGAAAUAAAUGCUUGGCUCGACAUUGAUAAUGUAAAUGCAGACAUGGCUUUGGAGUACUUAAAAUCUAUGCAUAUAUUAGAAUGGCAUCCAGUAUCCACCAUGGUUAAUAAUUCUAAAAAUAAAUCUGCUGACUGUAAUAAAAUUAUAAAUAGAGAAAAAGCGAAAUCUUCACAGAAAACUCUAACAUCCUGGUUUACAACAAAUAAACGAAAGUUAAGUGAAUAUGAGGAAAAGGAAUCAAAGAAGGUUAAGUUAUAA